AUGGCGCAGGUGUCAACUCAAAAAUGGCAAAACCGUGAAUCAGUGUACAGGUGUAUAAGUAUAUAUACGUACAGGUGGGAGUCGUAUGCGUCAGCAACAGGUUGUUGAGUCGCGAGAAUACGUUCUCGCUUUAUCUAUUUUUCAAUGUCGAGUCGACGAUCUCGCUGACGAUGGGUGCGAUUCAAAGGCAUGCAUUGAAUAUAUUACUCCUCGGAAGUAGCAGACAACCUCGAAAUAUUGUUCGCGCGUAAACCCGCCUAUUUCUAGAAAAAAAAAAAUCUUACUACGGAUUUAGAAGUUAAAAAACUACCUCUUUUUUUUUUAAACCUGCCCUUUCCGAGAUUCGCGCAUCACCAUCAUCGAUUCAACGUUUAUUUUCGAUGUAAGAUGAUCGUGCAAACAAUGGUACAACACUUUCUGAUCAAGGUUAUUUAUAAAGACAUAAGUGAAAAUAAUUUCUAAAUUUGGACUACAAAUAAAAGUACACAUUAAGAAUUAUCAAGGUGCAAGUAUAAAAUAAAAAAUUAUGGAGAAAUCGCAGACAACCAUGUACAUGGAAGGUGAUAACCACCUUUCGGAUUACUGGGAAGAAUAUAAGAAAAUGAUGGAGGAAACUAAACUGUUGGACGAUUACCUCGAAGAGGAAUGUCCUCGCAACUAUGAUGAAGGUGAAGAGGAAGCUGAGUGGUUACGGACAGCAGGUCUAGGCCAACUAACAGAGGCAUGGAAAGCAGGUAGAGAAGUGCAACCAGAAGAACUGGGUGCAGCUUUGCGACCUUUGUCUAGGGCCCAAGCAGAAGCGGUAAAACGUCGCGUGAAAUCUCUUAAUCACACGGUAAAACAGCGCUUUAAUCAACGGCAACGCGUUCGCAAACCAGACAUCAGAGAUGUUUUCAAGGAUAUAGAGGUAUCUAGUACCGGAACAAGAUCGCGUAGCGCCACACCAGACUCCUUGGAUUCUGUAUCGGGUGCGACACCAGACAACGCGUCUCCUCCAUCAACGGUUACCUCCAUCGACGCGCAUCAUCCAAACACUACCGUUCCAAACUUUAUGUCGGUGUUCCAACGAAUACCGAACGAGGACAAAGAAACGGUACGCAGAACUCCGAGCGCACCGCCUACAACAGUAGGCACAAUACCACCGCCAUCGGCAACUCCGUUACCCGUACAGGAAAUUUUCAGGCGUGCUGGAAAUUGGCUGCGAGGAGACGUUGCUAACGACUCAGAAGGUAUUCAGCUAACGGGGUACCAUAGAUUGGGAACGAUACACGUACCGAAACCGAUUGUACAAAGAAGAAAUGGUAGCGAUCCGAGCGAAGUGGCAAAUACUACAAAUUUAGGCAGUGAAUCGGUGAAAAAAUUAAAUGCCACAAAGGAUUCCACGUUGAGAAGGAAUGCAGGGAAUCAUGCAACGGUAACUCGAAGCCACAGCAGUCUAUACGGAUUAACGAGGCCGGCGGAUGAAGGGUUAAUAACACAUCCUCUGAAUCGAACCUCGUCUCACGGUCACCUGAGUUUCGAGGAGAUGUGUCGAGCGAACGAGGUGAAGCCUCAGGUGUGGAAAUCGGAAGCGCUGGCUUCCGAAGAUAUACAGAAUCGGUUAGGAAUAGAAGCGUUGAGCCAACGAGACCUGACGAGGUUACAGCCGCUUCUGUGGCUCGAACUUACCGCUGUGUUUGAUAAAUAUAACGUACCAUUGAAGAAACGGAAACCAAACAAACGUCGGGCAAAAGCUGGAAAUUUGUUUGGUGUAUCAUUGUCGACUUUGUUGCUUCGUGACAGUCAACUGACCUCUGAGGAGAGCAAUAUUCCACUGGUGAUUCAAAAGAUUCUAAGUGAACUAACUAAGCGUGGCGUAAGGGAAGAGGGAAUUCUUCGCGUCGGAGGACACAAGCAAAAAGUCGAAGCGAUAUGCGUGCAGUUGGAAACGGAUUUCUAUUGCAAACCCAAAGAAAUGGACAAGUUGUUUAAAUGCAUAUCGUGUCACGACUUAUCGGCCGUUUUAAAAAAGUUACUGCGUGAUCUACCGCAGCCAUUGCUCACCGUUGAACUUAUCGACGCCUUCUACCAAAGCCAUGGAGUGAAGGAUCGUCAAGAGUUAUCGUACUCUUUAAAUUUGCUGGUGCUAUUAUUACCGAUAGAACACCGUUGUACCUUAAAAGCGUUAGUCAGUUUUUUCAAGUUGAUCGUAGCAAAUCAGAGAUCGAAUAAAAUGUCGAUCCAUAACGUUGCCAUGAUCGUAGCACCGUCUCUGUUUCCGCCGCGAUACGUGCACCCACGCGAUCGUAGCGACUUGGGCGCUCAAGUAAACAUGGCUGCCAUAUGCUGCCAAGUGACCGAGGCUCUUCUCGUGAAUUCGGACAAGUUGUGGUACGUACCGAACGAUCUUCUGAGCCAGUUGCACCGACAUUCCGAGGAAGAGAGAUAUCGAAAGUACAAAAAGAAGUAUUACUAACAUUAAUCGUGCAUUUACGACGCAGGCGCGUACUUUUACCCGGUCGGUCGUUAACUUACCGACCGUCGGUAUUACUCAAGGUGCAGUUGUAUUCUGUAAGAUAUCGCGUUCUCGCGUCUUUGUAAGUACUCUGACGAGAAAUUUAAGCGUAUAACAAGCGGACCAUUUUACCGUGACGUUUCUUCAAAUUCGAUACACGGUAACACAUUUGUGCAAUAACGUUCCUUUGUGAUGUUAAACAAAGACGAAAUCACGAAGAUAAACCUGUAAAUUUCCACCCAGCGUCGUGACGGCGCUUUAGACGCUUCCAAUUUCUACACUCCGAGUUAUUCUAAUUUAUUAAAAUCUACUACUAACGACGAGUUAUGCACGCACCCACACGCGUGCUGUCCAUAUAGAGCUUCCGCAAUUACAGUAGCGUUUUUAAUAUCUUAUUCGUAUAUCGAUGAUUAAUUGUACUUGUGUCGAUAAGUUGCCGAGACGUUUCUUCCGCAACGUCCCGUGUCCGUCGAUACUUUCUCAUCGUGUUCCACACCGAUGCGCCAUAUUACUUUAAGUAAUUGUACAUAUCAAGUAUCGUAAGGUUGUUAUACUUGCGUCAAUAAAGUGCCAAAGAAAAUUA